GACCACGGUUUCAUCGCCGUCUUCUCUUCGUUUUAAAAGUCUUCAAGGUACGUGGAGGUGCUCAAUUGCCAUCUUUUUGGACUUCACAAUGUGACGUGCCCGCGACGGUGCCGCCAAUGCCUCUCCGCCUUCGCCCUCAAUCUCACUUCACACCCUGGCCCUCAAUUCACUUACACCAGCCUCCACACACAAAUCACGUACCGCGUCGCUGGCCCCAUCGGUGGCUCCCGGCGCGCGACCAGUCACAACAGCACCAUUGACGUCGCUCGGCGCGCCGUCUCACUUUCGCACCUUGCCUGUCACCGCACUCACUUCAUUUCUGCACUUGAUAAAUGCUGCCGCAUCCUCACUCAAUUCCGCUUGCUAACACGAGACGUGCAGACACAUCAUCAAAAUGCCCAAGGCAGCAGCUGGCAAGCGUGGCGCCAAGGAGGUCAAGAGACGCGGCAAGAAGGACCCCAACGCCCCCAAGCGUGGCCUCUCCGCGUACAUGUUCUUUGCCAACGAGCAGCGUGAGAACGUCCGUGAGGAGAACCCCGGCAUUUCCUUCGGUCAGGUCGGCAAGAUCCUGGGCGAGCGAUGGAAGGCCCUGAACGACAAGCAGCGCGCCCCCUACGAGGCCAAGGCCGCUGCUGACAAGAAGCGCUACGAGGACGAGAAGCAGGCUUACAACGCUGAGGCCGAUGACUCUUCUUGA